AUGAGAAGGAGGGACGAUUGGGGCCAAAAUCUACGUGUACAUAGACGUGGCUAUGCGCCGUCAGCGUUGCGAGUGCUCUCGCCGUCUGCGACCUGCACAUUUGGGUCAGGGACGCCGAGUGCACCAAUCGCCGCUCGCCGAAUGUUCUGGCGAUUGCCGAAAAUACCACGUCGACUUACUUGUCGGCGGGGAAUCUACCAAAUAUAGGUCAUGGAUUUGCUUCAAGAAAAGAGUCGGUAAUCAAUAAUUUGAAUGUUUCAUACGCUCAAUUAAAAAAUUAAUUGAAAAAUUUUUUUCUAACUUUUAGAAAAUUUAACAAAUAUUCAUUUCUCACUGGCAAAAACUGACCAAAAACAAUUAUGAUUUCAAAAUUGGGGGAUAAAAAUCUUUUUUGGAACAGUUGGAGCCGCUCUAUUCACACAAGGUUGGAAAUUUUCAAAAUAGGGAGGAAACGCCUUUCUACUUUUUCUGAAGAAAUAUAAUUUUUUUUCAAACAAAAAAAUUUGAAAUGUAUCCGUAAGAAUUAAAAUCGUUCCCUUCCAGGUAAAAUUGACGCUUUAACCAAAAAAAUUCCGGUCGCCCCAAAAAUGUAGAAUUUAGGAAAAAAAUCAUUAAAAUAAAAAUACGAAUUGCGAGAAAUGAUACGAUAUCAAGUUUUGUUUUUUUGAGUUUGAUUUCGGCAAAAACUGGAAUUUUUCACUAAAAAUAUCAAAAUGAUUAAAAAAAUUCUUUCCGCAAAAGUUAAAAAAAUUCUAAAAAAACUUUGAUUGUUAACAAUUGAUGGGAUUAUAAAAAAAACAUCAUUUUUCUGAAAUGUCAAAGUAGAGAAAAAAAACGCGUUGAGAAAAAAAAAAGCGACGGUAACUAAGGCACAAAAUGAUCAACCAAUGCGGCUUUUAUCCAACAAAGCCCGAGAGAAGUCGACGUGUCAGCAGAAUUUCACAAUAUCGGCUUUCAAAAUACAUGGUCUGAGGCGUUGUGAAACGCGAUAAAUCGAGCCAGUUGGGAGAUUUCAAAAAUUUAAUGAGGAAAACACAAAAGAGGGACAUUUUAUUAACAGCUUCGUUAGAGAAAUUCAGUAGAAGGUACUUCUAUUGGCUCGAAGCCGGAAACGUGCUUUUAACGGGUUUCUUCCUUAUAUAGAUACUGAAAAGCGUAAUCAUAAUCGUCUUCCGAUGUUUUGCAAGACCAAAAAGAUUAUCAAAAAUAAUGAAAAACCUGUUUUUUUGCGUUUCAUUCAAACUCAUGAUCAAAAAUCUACAAAAGUUUCCGUUUUUUUGCAAUGAGAAACAAAAAGAACAAUGGUUAAUAAAAAAACACCAAAAAAAUUAAAUAACCUUCUCCAGAAACAGCAAAAACUCGAAAUGGAUUUUUCUUUCGAUUCCAAUCUGAAAAUUCGAAUUGCGUGCAAGUGUGUACAUCCAAUGCGCAUUUCACGACAUUGUGAUUGAUUUUUUUCGUUCUCGAGGCUUCUUUUUUUCAAACUUUAUUUUUUUAAAAUCUACUCCAGUUUUGAGGCUGGGCCAUAUUUAUAGAAGAGCUCCAGAAGACUAACACAUAUUGAUUAUUUUUUUACUACAUCUUUUUUUCGCAAUUGAAGAUUUUUUUCAGUAGUGUCAAGUUUCGAAUGCGCAGUUAUUUAUUUUUUUCAUUUUCAUUCUUCAUGAAGUUAUCUCCAAAAUCCACCAUUUGUCUCUACGGGUCAGUUUUUUUCUCUAAAAAAAUAAAGAAAAAUCGAAGAUUUCAGGAUGACUCUAGAAGAAAUAUAGUUAUCAGUAAUUUUGGUUACGGUCCAAAUGGAACGAUCGACAUUGGAAUCACCAAUUUCACAGUUCCGGAUAAAAUAAAAGACAGCGUCGACUCUACUGAAAACGCCGAUAAAUUAGUGAGUUGAAAAUUAUUUUAAUGAAGUCCAAUUCAAUUGGUUUGAGGGAGUCAUUGGAUUUUCACUUUCCCGUGGAUCGGAAAUUUCGCAUGGUGUGGGUUCGAAUCCGCACGUAUGCCAGCUUCAGGUUGUUAAUUAGCUUUAAAUUUUGGUAGUUGAUGAAAAUCAAUACAAUAGCGGAGAUUGUAACUCUAGUAAGUGGAAAAAAAAACCAAUUCAUAGCAAGACCACGUAGUUUCAAAUAGUUACAAAGGUAUUUGGGAAAUUUUAACAUUUCUAAAUCAAAAUCACGUUCUGAAAAAUCUGAGAAGUUUCAUCGAAAUCUUAACCAGCCACCUUUUGCAAUUUCCUUGUAAAGAGUGAAGAAUUUUAAAAUUUUAGCAAACAGAUCAAGGCUUCGAUGCUAUAUUUCUUUUUGCUGAUUUGCCCAACAAACGGUUGCGGGUGUACCGUUCUGGCGUCGGAAGAUUCAUACGCCUGUGUCCAAACCAUAAUGAGUGAGAAUAUUUUUUCUCUCGGCAGAAUUCAUAUUUUAAAUUUAGAUGUGCUCUAGGUGAGGCCCUGCGGAGGCCAAAAGCUGAAGAGUUGAAUAGCACAGAACAGGUCAGUCAAUAUUAUCUUUGACAGGGAUUUAGAAACUACGAAAGGGUCCCCAUAGGGUCAACCAUAGAAGCUGCUUCACCUCUCCCUCUAGGGGCCACUCAAACUUGCAAAAGUUUUCCCUAGAGAGGAUUUAGUUAGUAGCCCCUAUAAAAGACAUGCUGGUCAAUUAUUGUUACGAUCUCAGUGAAAUGAUCUGGAUGAUCAACUUGGUCAAGUUGUUUUUCUCAGUUUUUGAAUUUGAACAAAAAAUUAAAAAACCUUUUAAGGAUCACUUGAACUCUAGGGGUUUAGAAGUCGGACAAUAAACCCCUAUAAAAACCACCUUAAUUUCACCUCUAAACGGUUUUUUUUUCGACUCCUAUAAAAACUGUUUUUGGUGGCCAAUUUAAGGACCACUUUUUCCUUUUCAAGGAUGUUUCUCCCUUUUUUCUUUUUACAUAGAAUGAAAGUUAUGCGCAGGUUCAAACUCCCAAAGUUUUUGAUAGCAGCAAAAAAAAAGCAAUCUUUCAAAAUAUUUUAGACAUCCAAUUCAGUUUCAGACAGAGAAGAAGAACGACAAAGGCUGGUUCGGAAACUUCUUUCGAAAACUUCUACCAGUGGGGGCAGUUGAUGUCGCCUAUGACAAUUACAUUCCUCUGGAAAUCAAAAACUCGAACCAGUUUUCAACAAAUGUAACUUUUUUUUAAUUGCUUUGUAUAAUCAAAAACCACUGAACCUAUAUCAAAAGAUUUUCCGCAGAAUCUUUCUUUUUUUAAGCUCAACCUCCGGCAAACUUUUUGCGGCCUUUCCUUCUUUAAUUUAUUCCAUUGUGGUCAAAAUGUCUUCAGAAAAUUUAUUUGAAGUUUUCGUUCUAUAAAGAGGACGAUUUUUGAGCUAGCUUUAUUAAUUUAGUUUUACGGAUUUAUUUGUUAGUUUGAAGUGUUCGGAAAAUGUUGAAUUUCCUCCCUAUUUUUCGAGAGUGAAAGAAAAAAUUUUAGUUCUACUUCAAAUUUCACUUAACCAUGCACUGGAAUAGAACAUAAAAAAACUAAAAAAAUUUUUUUUAAUUUCGACAAUAAAAAAAGACAAAUUACAUGGAAAGCUCUAAUUUUUUUCAGAUUUCUAUUCGAUUUGAUGGCAAAAUCAUGGGUGAUUAUUAUUUCAUAUUUCACAAUUGCUACAACUACCGCGCUCACGGUUACAGGUAACUUUAACGAAUUUUCAAAGAAAUUUCACUUUUCGCAAGAUUCCUCGCAGAAGUUUUUGAAACUACAAAGGCAUAUUUUCUGUUAUUCUGAAAACUAAUUAAAUAAGUGUUCCAUUGAGGUUUGUCAAAAACAUAUGUUUCAAUUUUCAGUGACCGGGUUGCCGUGGACUUCACUGUGGACAUGAUUGAACGGAAUGUUCAUUCAUAUCUGUCGAUCAAUGAAAUUCCCAAACCACAAGUUCUUCUCUACGUCUCCAUGCUGUUCUUUUUCACCGCAUUUUUCUGGGCACAUCGUCUUUGCAUUGCUGAGUGAGCAACCUUAUCAAUUUCAACCCUUAAUUUUCAUUGAAAUUACAGAAAACGAGACGUUUACCGUGUACACUACCUAAUGGCAAUUCUGGUGUUCCUCAAAGCGUUUUCUUUACUUUUCCACGGCGUGAAUUACUACUUCGUCAGUAAAUACGGACACCAACGAGAGAUUUGGGCUGUGGUUUAUUAUAUAACUCAUUUGUAAGUUUUGGUAGGACUUGAAAUACUGUGUAAUUUUUUUCAGGUUGAAAGGAGCGUUGCUGUUUGGAACGAUUAUUUUGAUUGGUACGGGUUAUACUUUCAUGAAGAAUUUCUUGUCCGACAGAGACAGAAAAGUAUUUAUGGUGGUUUUGCCGUUUCAGGUGUGUUUUAUUUUCGAAGUUUAAAAUUCAGAUUUAGGGAAAUUUGGUAGAGACAUAUCUUUUUUUUUUCGGUUCAAAAUUUGAUGGAACUUGGCGGAAAUAUAUUUUGAGAUUUUUUAAAGUUAACUUUUCUAAAAUUUUUCCACUUUUCCUUUUUUUAAUCCGUUCAGAAACAUUCGAAUUUUUUUCGAAAAAUUAGAGAAAAAAAUUUUUGAAAAAUCUCAAAAAAAUUUUUUUCAAAGGGAAUCAGUAAAACUUAAAACAUAAUUAAUAAAUUUUUUUAAUCAAAAAAAUUUUUCCUUUAAAAAUAAACGCCCUACAAAAACAAUUCCAUAAAAAAACAGUCCAAAGUAAGUUUUUUUCAAUUCCAGGUUCUGGAUAACAUUUUUCUGAUAAUCCUGAGCGAGAGUGAAAUUGGACAAGAAAGUCAUCAAAUGUGGCUGAAACUUUUUGUUUUCUUGGAUAUUUUAUGCUGCUUUGCUGUUCUUCUACCAAUUGUUUGGUGAGAAAAAAUGUCGAAAAAAAAAAAUUCAUUUUGAUUGUUUUGAGGUCUAUCCAACAUCUUCACGCCGGUGCUAGCAGCGACGGAAAAGCUGCUUUCAAUUUGGCAAAACUCCGCCUUUUCAGGCAAUUUUACAUCCUUGUCAUUGCCUACAUCUACACAACUCGACUUUUUUCCGUUAUGUUAAAGGUUGGUUUCUCUAGAACUGAGAAUAUUUUAUAUUUUUUGCAGGUUUUGUUACCGGCCAAGGCUGAUUGGGUGGUGCUGGCCGUGGUAGAAUUGGUCACUUUCUUGUUUUUCGUUGUUGUUGGAAUGAAAUUCCGUCCAGGAGUGGCAAAUCCGUACCUGAAGCUGGCCACAGAAGAGGACGACGAUCAAGAUGGCAUAGCGUAAGAUUUAUGUUUUCAAUCCAUACAUGAAGACUGAAAGUCGAAAACCGCUCCCCGAAAUAACCUCUUUCUAUGGACCUCAGAUAAAGUCCUUUUGCGAUCAUUCAAUUUUUUUAAUGAAUUUUAUUGUUUGAAGGCCUGAAAUAUAGAAAAAAAGGAAAAAGAUAGGCUUUUUGGCAAUGAGGCUGCAUAGUGAGAAAAAAAUUUUUUUCAACAAAUUCUUUAUUUUUUUCUCGUUUCAAUUCCAUCUCUUUGUAAAUUAUUACAAACAAACGAAAUCAGCCGGCAGAUAAAAAUUAAAGUUUUUACAAACUUUUUUUCAUCUCCUUCAAAUAUUUUUUUCAUUUAAUUUGAGCUUUUUAUUUAUGACUUUUUUUACAGAUUGACCAAAAAAACGGCUUGUUGGAAGGAGUACUCAACCGCAACGAACACCGCGACUCUUCAGAUUCCGAACAUUCCCAAGAUGAUGUCUUCAAAUUUUUCCACAAAAAGAUGA